AUGAUCCUCGCUCAAGCAGCGCCUCUCAUUCCUUGUCUGAGGAGCUAAAUUACAUCCAGUCAUAAAGUCUCCCAGCAGCACGCUCAAGUCUUGUCGCUCCGUGUCUCUGUGGUCUGGUUGCCUGAAAGCGGAUCUGAAAGAGCGCAAAGCUGGACCCAUACAUAAUGACCAUGUACAAGGGGAAGCGUCGCAACCAUCGAUACAUAAACAUGGCAGGUGAGCCAAAGCCAUACAGGCCCAAAGCGGGCUCCAAACGGCCGCUCUCAGCUGUUUACAGUGGUUAUGAAUUCGAUUAUGAGUACUACAGGGAUGAUUUCUACAGCAGGUCGGAGCCCUCUGGAUCAGAUACGCAAGAUGCCGGAGCACGACGCAUCAAUCUCAAAAGAGCAGAUCGAGCGGGACAGGAAGUCAGGCACCGAAACAAAAUGCUUUUCGACUACCACGGCAGAGUGGCCCCCCCUCCCAGAGCCGUGAUCCCCCUCAAACGCUCCAGGGUGCUCGCCCCCUCCUCCCGCCGUGGGAAGACCUCCUUCCCCAUCAAAACAUCCUCCUCCUCCUCCUCUUCGUCCUCCAGACCUCCCACAUCAUCCUCCUCUGGGUUAAAACUGAAGACGGACCAGCUCCAGACCAUCAAACGGGAGCUGACUCAGAUCAAGAUGAAGAUAGACUCUUUGCUGGGACGCCUGGAGAAGAUCGAGAAGCAGCAGAGAGCUGACUCUGAAGCUCAGAGAAAGUACGAGGACAACUGCGACUCUCUGCAUGAGGAGUCCGUGUCAGAGACAGCGGAAAACUCUGGGGAGGAGGCCGGCGAGGGGGCGCUGGACGUGGAGGCGGGAGAGAUGACCGAUGGAGGCGAGGACGACUACGACGAGGAGGGCAGCCACCAUCUGAUAGAGAACCACGUAUCAGACAUCGACAACUGAGUACAGGAAGAGGCAGCAGACACUCCUUGGUCGGUGGUAUUAGAAUUCAUCAUCACCUUCAAGAGGCAGAAAAGGAUCUCUGAAGGACCAAGACACCCAUUCUGGACUGUAAGUUGUGUUCAAGAGAUGCUCAAUCACAUUUAGAAGCCCAAGUGUGCAGCACAAGCCAAGUGUGAUAUGCUCUCUAAAGAAAAUGUACUCAAGACCCAUUUUAAUGCAGUUUGCCUCGUGGAUAUUUUGUGCAAACUGUUGUUUUUCAUUGCAAGAAUAAGACCAGAUCAUUCUCUUAUCCUGUUCCUGAAAAUAAAAAACAGAUGGGAAGAAAAAAAAA